AUGAAUGCUGUGAACACUGUUCAGACCCUAAGUGGAACAAACUACAAAAAGUGGAAACAAGACUUGGAAAUCUGUCUGGGAUUAAUGGAUUUAGACAUGGCAACAAGGGAAGAUUCUCCUCCAGAACCUGCUACAGAUGCUACAGUUGAUGUCAAAUCAAAUUAUGAAAAGUGGCAGAAGGCUAAUCGAAUUGCUCUUUUGGUGAUCAAGAAGUCCAUGUCUGAUACAGUGAAAAAUUCAAGGAAUAAGGCAGAAACUGGGAAUCUCAUGAAUGAGCUCAUGUGGAAAAUGUAUAAUGGUAUAGGUUAUGUAAGGGAGCAUAUAUUAAAACUGCUAGAUAUUGGUGCAAAAUUAAAUGCUCUCAAGGUCCCUAUGAGUGAUCCUUUCUUAGUUCAUGUGGCACUUCACUCGUUGCCAAAUGAGUAUUCACAACUGAAAAACACAUACAAUGCACAAAAGUAA